AUGACCAUUCUCUCCUUCUCGGCCCUCGCUCUUUUCGCCUCCACAGCCCAGGGUCACAUGGUCAUGGCCACGCCUCCGCCAUACGGCAGUCCCGACAAUAGUCCCCUCAAUGCCGAUGGUUCAAACUUCCCGUGCAAAGCCACGAGCAACUCUGGUGGAACAGUCACCAAUAUGGCUAUCGGUGCCUCACAGAAGCUCUCCUUUUUGGGUGAGUCAGUCCAUGGUGGUGGUUCGUGUCAAGUUUCUCUUACCACGGACACGCCUGCAACGAAGAGCUCUAAGUGGAUGGUUAUCCAUUCAAUCGAAGGAGGUUGUCCGGCUAGAAAUCAGGCGGGUAAUAUUGGAGCAGAUAGUUCCGCCUCCGCUCCUGACCCGGACACAUACGAUUUUUCUAUUCCUGCAGGUAUUACUCCUGGCGCCUACACCCUUGCAUGGACUUGGUUCAACAAGGUGGGUAAUCGUGAGAUGUACAUGAAUUGUGCCUCCAUCAAGGUCACUGGGGCUUCAAGCAAGAGAGAGACUUCUCUCAACGAGACGGAGGAGUACGCAAUUCCCGAGCUUGCCGGACGUGCAACGGCUUCAUUCCCUGACAUGUUCGUCGCAAACAUCCCGGUUACGGACUGCACGACGGCCGAAGCAACAGAUGUAAAAUUUCCAUCUCCUGGUUCGUCGGUCGAAAUGGCCAGCGCCAAUAAGGCCGACGUCUUGACUCCUCCGACUGGGCCCAAGUGUGGAGCAUCUGGCAGCUCGUCAAGCGCUUCCUCAGACACUCAAGCUUCCAAUGCGGGUAGCUCUGGAGCUUCAGGCGCCGCUGCACCUGCAUCAUCUCCAGCAGCCUCUGCAUCUGCCGCCGCACCCUCGAUGUCUGCUGCUGCUCCCGCUGUCGCUGCCUCUCCCUCCGUGGCUGCUGCUGCUCCCUCUGUUGCCGCCUCUCCCUCCGUGGCUGCCGCCGCUCCCUCCGCCGCCGCACCCGCUUCCCCAUCUUCCGCCGCCGGUUCAGCUCCUGCAGCUGUUGACAGCUCAUCUGGCUCGAGCGCUGCACCAGCUUCUGCCUCGGGCACGGCAUCGACUGGCUCCUCUACCGGCUCUUGCGCCACUCCUGGCCAGUCAGUCUGCUCGCCCGACGGAUUACAGAUCGGGACGUGCACGACACAAUCUACAGUAACCUGGAUACCUGUGGCGGCUGGUACAAAGUGCGUUGGCGGGUACAUGGUCGCCGCAAAGGGCAAGCGUAGCGCCAAAUUUUUGAGCGGCUACUUCUUCUGA